GUGCCAUGUCAGACAUUUGGCCAAUCGGAGCAGAGCGUGCAUCAAGGACCUGUUAUAAUCGUAAAGCGACGCACGGAAGCUGCUGGCCAUUCGUGUCGAUAACACUGCGAACGUAGUAGGACCAGAAGAAACGGCGGAGCCUCUCAAACAUAGUUAGACUUAACUAAUUUAUUUGUAGUCAUUCAGGAGGACAACCAUGGCAUCGGGAGGGGAAUCAAAAAAUGAUGACUUAGCCACUGCAAUUUUGAAACAGAAGAACAGACCCAACAGAUUGAUUGUUGAUGAGUCCAUCAAUGAAGACAACAGCGUGGUUUCUCUCUCCCAGAAUAAGAUGGAUGAGCUGCAGCUCUUCCGAGGAGACACCGUACUGAUGAAGGGAAAGAAAAGACGAGAGACUGUGUGCAUCGUACUCUCUGAUGACACCUGUUCAGAUGAAAAGGUUCGCAUGAAUAGGGUGGUUCGCAACAAUCUGAGAGUUCGGCUUGGAGAUGUAAUAAGUAUUCAGCCAUGUCCUGAUGUGAAGUAUGGGAAGAGGAUCCAUGUCCUUCCAAUAGAUGACACAGUAGAAGGAAUAACUGGGAACCUGUUUGAGGUCUACCUUAAGCCUUACUUCCUCGAAGCUUACAGGCCAAUUCGCAAAGGUGACAUCUUCCUGGUGAGAGGUGGAAUGCGAGCUGUAGAGUUCAAAGUUGUUGAAACCGACCCGUCCCCCUACUGCAUCGUUGCACCCGAUACGGUCAUCCAUUGUGAAGGAGAGCCUAUCAGGAGAGAGGAUGAAGAGGAGUCCCUGAAUGAGGUGGGCUAUGAUGACAUUGGAGGUGUCAGGAAGCAACUGGCUCAGAUCAAAGAAAUGGUUGAGCUGCCGCUCAGGCAUCCAGCGCUGUUCAAGGCCAUUGGCGUCAAGCCCCCACGUGGAAUUCUGCUGUAUGGACCACCUGGAACCGGAAAAACUUUGAUUGCACGGGCUGUGGCUAAUGAAACUGGUGCUUUCUUCUUCCUUAUCAAUGGUCCUGAAAUUAUGAGUAAGCUGGCUGGAGAGAGUGAAAGCAACCUGAGAAAAGCCUUUGAGGAGGCAGAGAAGAAUGCUCCUGCGAUCAUCUUCAUCGAUGAACUUGAUGCAAUUGCGCCCAAGAGAGAGAAGACUCACGGCGAGGUCGAGCGGCGCAUUGUUUCUCAGCUGCUGACUCUGAUGGAUGGCCUGAAACAGAGAGCUCAUGUUAUCGUCAUGGCUGCUACGAACAGACCCAACAGCAUCGACCCAGCCCUCAGGAGAUUUGGGCGUUUCGACAGGGAAGUGGACAUUGGCAUUCCAGAUGCCACCGGCAGGCUGGAGAUCCUCCAAAUUCACACUAAAAACAUGAAACUGGCAGAUGAUGUUGAUCUGGAACAGGUAGCCAAUGAGACCCAUGGGCAUGUGGGUGCAGAUCUGGCAGCUCUUUGCUCUGAGGCAGCCUUGCAGGCCAUCAGGAAGAAGAUGGACCUGAUCGAUCUGGAAGAUGAGACUAUCGAUGCUGAAGUCAUGAACUCGCUUGCUGUCACCAUGGAUGACUUCAAGUGGGCUCUGAGCCAGAGCAACCCCUCAGCUCUCAGGGAGACUGUUGUGGAGGUGCCCAACAUCACCUGGGAGGACAUUGGUGGUCUCGAGGAUGUCAAGAGGGAGCUCCAGGAGUUGGUGCAAUAUCCAGUGGAGCAUCCAGACAAGUUCCUCAAGUUUGGCAUGACCCCAUCCAAGGGUGUGCUAUUCUAUGGCCCACCUGGUUGUGGUAAAACCCUGUUGGCUAAAGCCAUCGCCAAUGAGUGCCAGGCCAACUUCAUCUCCAUCAAAGGACCAGAGCUGCUCACCAUGUGGUUUGGAGAGUCUGAGGCUAAUGUCAGAGAGAUCUUUGACAAGGCUCGUCAAGCUGCUCCCUGCGUCCUCUUCUUCGAUGAGCUGGACUCCAUAGCAAAGGCCCGUGGUGGCAACGUGGGAGAUGGUGGUGGCGCUGCCGAUCGUGUCAUCAACCAGAUCCUGACUGAGAUGGAUGGCAUGUCCAGCAAGAAAAACGUCUUCAUCAUUGGAGCCACAAACAGACCAGACAUCAUUGACCCAGCUAUUCUGCGACCCGGUCGUCUCGAUCAGCUCAUCUACAUUCCUCUGCCAGACGAGAAGAGCAGGAUGAGCAUCCUGAAGGCCAAUCUCCGCAAGAGUCCCAUCAGCAAGGACGUGGACCUGGACUUCCUGGCUAAGAUGACCAAUGGCUUCUCAGGAGCUGACUUGACAGAGAUCUGCCAGCGGGCAUGUAAGCUGGCCAUCAGGGAGAGCAUUGAGAACGAGAUCCGCAGAGAGAGGGAAAGGCAGACCAACCCUUCUGCAAUGGAAGUGGAGGAGGACGAUCCCGUGCCUGAGAUCAGGAAGGACCACUUUGAAGAGGCCAUGCGAUUUGCCCGGCGAUCAGUCAGUGACAACGACAUUCGCAAAUAUGAGAUGUUUGCUCAGACGCUGCAGCAGAGUCGUGGGUUCGGCAGCUUCAGGUUUCCAUCCAGCACAACAGGUGGCACUGGUCCAAGUCAUGGCUCUGGAGGAACCGGCACUGAUCCCGUUUACAAUGAAGAUAAUGACGACGACCUUUAUGGAUAACUGUACACUGCCCAACCGUGGUCAGUACUGGGAUCACAUCUGUAAAUUCCUACCAGAUUCCACAUUUUUAGGACUUUGUGCUUUGUUCUUGUGUUCCCUGUUUUUGUAUGACUUCCCUCGGAGAAGCAUGUUGCCGCUUGGUUUGCUCCGGCUUUGAUGUGGGCGGGGUUAAAGGGACGGUGGACAUGGAAAGUGGCUGUAGGAUUUCAUCCCAGUGACAGGGGGAGGGGGUGGGAGGGUUUAUUGAGUGGCCUCAUUUUCAUUAUAUCAAAACAUGAAUGGCUUUAGUGACGGGAUUCUACGCUAGACUAUAUGAAAGAGGAAAAAACAUAUUGCUUAAUGACUUCCUUUUUUAAAAAAAAAAACGUAGCAUCUAAUGUAUUCCAAAAUUUGUCAAGAUUACGUUGUUGAAAAAUAAAAUCUCACGAAAUGGAA